AUGGGAGGCGGCCACGAGAAAAAGAGAAAGAGAGGAGAGGAGGGUUCCUCCAAAUCCAGAAAAAAGGCGAGCGUGCAGACGCCUGCUCUACCAGCCAGUAUCAAGGUCGCCUCGGUCAAAACCGUCAAGACAUGCCCCCCAGUCAUUGGUACGCUCAACUUGCCGUUCGUCUUUGCGCAAGUCGCCGAUACUAAACAGAGAACAGCGACGACUCCUGGCCUAUGCCUGCCUGGCGAUGUUCAAUUUCAGGCCUAUUCGAAACCCGAAUCCUUCACACCCAAGAAGAGCAAAAAGUCUGCGCCGACGCCCACAAAUCUAGUCUUGCACUCGUCCGCACAUAGAACAUUGGACUACACAGCCAAGGAAGAUGGAGUUGGCGGAAACGAAUCACAUCUCAAGCACUACAUUGGCGUGUUUGACCCGGCAACCGGUUCGCUUUCUGUCAUGGAAGCCAAGAAGAUGGCCGUCAGAGGUGUCGUCCGAUCGCAAAAGCCCGCCGCGGACAAGGCGGCAGAUAGAGCAGUGUCCAAGACAAUGACGGAACUGCGCAACGACUUGGGUGAGGCUUUCGGCACAAAGAAGGCACGAAAGGCCAUUGCAUCCAUUACACAGAAUGCCAUUGCACCGGAAAAGGAUAUCUUGAGCGCUGGUGGCAGCCCACGCAAGCUCGACGCAACGGCAAAGGCCAUGAUGGAGUCGAUACAAGAAAGCACACGCGGCAUGGCGACCAGGGAAGAACUCCAGGCCUCCGUGGACCAGGCCAAGCCGGUGCCUCCUGGCAACUUUGGCGCUACCGAGAUCCAGGAGGUUUACAGACCAGAGCAGAUGAUUGGUGCCGACAUACUCAUCUCGUGUCCCAUCAAGGACUGGCAAGACUCGGCCAAGAAUCAGCUGCCUCUGCAGCUACCAUACCAGUUCAUCUCAUCCAACAUGUACACCAUUGCCGCCGGUCCAAAGUCUACUGACCGGUUAAGACUGUUGCGAUACCUCAACUACCUCAUCAUCUUCAUCAAGAUUGCCAAGCCGGGCGCUCAGAGAGGCGUGCUGAGAGUCCCGCCGAAGCAGCAACUACACGACAAGAUGGAGAAUGCGCCGGCACCAGUCAUUGAGAGCAUACGGAGAAGAUUCUCUGCCAAUGGCGAGAUUAGGAAAUUCCACAGGGACCUUUUGAUGACGUACAGCUGCGCAAUCGCAGCCAUUUUGAUGAAUUACGAGUUUGAGACGAGCGCCCUGAGACAAGACCUGGGCUUGGACGAGAGGCAAUUCGCACAGUAUUGGAGGGAGAUUGGAGGAAAACUGUCCAACCCGGUUGGCAAGGUCAAGGGUACCAAGAUGCAGGUGGCCAAGCUGGCCCUGCCUCUAGAGUUCCCACAGGUCAGAUUUGUGCAGCGUUCUCGAUAA